AGCUGGGGGGGAUGGAGACCAUACCCUAUCUUGAUAGACCUCCAUCCCCACUGGAGUUUUAUCGGGAAUGGGUGAGUCCGAAUAAGCCUUGUAUAAUUCAGAAUGCCAUCAGCCACUGGCCAGCUCUGAAGAAAUGGACCUCAGCGUACCUCAGGCAGGUGGUGGGCCCCAAGGUGGUGAGCGUGGCAGUGACACCCAAUGGUUAUGCAGAUGCGGUGUUUCAGGGCCGUUUCGUCAUGCCAGAGGAGCGCCAGAUGCCUUUCAUGGACUUCUUGGACAUUGUGGAGAAGAAAGUGACCUCUCCCAACGUAUUCUACGUGCAGAAGCAGUGCUCUAACCUCACCGAGGAGUUCCCUGAGCUGCUCUGUGAUGUGCAGCCCGACAUACCGUGGAUGAGUGAGGCACUUGGGAAGAAGCCUGAUGCUGUGAAUUUCUGGCUUGGGGAGUCAGCUGCCGUGACAUCUUUACAUAAAGAUCAUUAUGAGAACUUGUACUGCGUGAUAUCUGGAGAGAAACAUUUUCUGCUGCACCCUCCGAGUGACCGUCCCUUCAUCCCAUAUGAGCUCUAUCAGCCAGCAACCUACCAGGUAUCAGAAGAUGGCUCCUUUGAAAUUGUGGAUGAGAAGGAUGCAGAUAAGGUGCCCUGGAUCCCCCUGGACCCCUUGAAUCCAAAUCUGGAGCAGUAUCCAGAGUACUCUCAGGCACAAGCUCUGCAGUGCACCGUGAGAGCGGGGGAGAUGUUGUACCUGCCUUCUCUCUGGUUCCACCAUGUCCAGCAGUCACACGGCUGCAUGGCAGUGAACUAUUGGUACGACAUGGAAUAUGACCUCAAGUACAGCUAUUACCAACUACUGGAUGGGCUCACAGAUGCCAUGAAGGUGUUAUAGCAGCAAUGGGAGACUCCAGCU